AUUAGACACCAAAACAAAAUCCUUAUACUCACCUUUAUAUCUCCUUAAAGGCACUGCCUUGAAUAUAGCAGGCACCAAAUAGGAACUAUGUGAUUCUCACGGAAGUCCAGUUUCUCUGGCUCAGGCUCGUGUGAAGGGGAGCAGGUGCCAUAACUGCUAGUGGCCACUAGAGGCUCUCAGGGGAGGGCAGGGUAUGGGGGCUGUAUACGUGAUCCCCCACUACCCCCCACUACCCCCCACCUGGCCAGAGCUAAAAUAAUAAAAUGCUGAGCUCACCGUUCCCCCACCCUCUCCCCUGGCACCCAGCUCCUGCUGCUGCUGAGAUAGUGCUCCAGUAGAACAGAAAGACCGACUGAUAGAAGGGGAGGUGAGAAGGGAAGUGGCCACCAGGACUGGCUCCGUGAGUGCCACACAGUGGGGAGGGGGUGGGGGCCACCAUGUCAUCGUAUCUGAAGGAGCUGGAGAAAUACAGAGACAUAGAUGAAGAUGAGAUCCUAAGGACCUUGAGCCCUGAGGAGCUAGAGCAGCUGGACUGCGAGCUACAGGAGAUGGACCCCGAGAACAUGCUCCUGCCAGCUGGACUAAGACAACGUGACCAGACCAAGAAGAGCCCAACGGGGCCCCUAGACCGAGAGGCCCUUUUGCAGUACCUGGAACAGCAGGCACUAGAGGUCAAAGAGCGUGAUGACUUGGUGCCCUUCACAGGCGAGAAGAAGGGGAAACCCUAUAUUCAGCCCAAGAGGGAAAUUCCAGCAGAGGAGCAGAUCACUCUGGAGCCUGAGCUGGAGGAGGCACUGGCCCAUGCCACAGAUGCAGAAAUGUGUGAUAUUGCAGCAAUUCUGGGCAUGUACACACUGAUGAGCAACAAACAAUACUAUGAUGCUCUCUGCAGCGGAGAAAUCUGCAACACUGAAGGCAUUAGCAGUGUGGUGCAGCCUGACAAGUAUAAGCCAGUGCCAGAUGAGCCCCCAAAUCCCACAAACAUUGAGGAGAUACUGAAGAGUGUUCGAAGCAAUGACAAGGAGCUGGAGGAGGUGAACCUCAACAAUAUACAGGACAUCCCGAUACCCAUGCUGACUGAGCUGUGUGAGGCAAUGAAGACAAAUACCCAUGUCCGGAGCUUCAGCCUGGUCGCCACAAGGAGUGGUGACCCCAUUGCCAAUGCCGUGGCUGACAUGUUGCGUGAGAAUCGUAGCCUCCAGAGCCUGAACAUUGAAUCCAACUUCAUCAGCAGCACAGGGCUCAUGGCUGUGCUGAAGGCAGUUCGGGAGAAUGCCACACUCACUGAGCUCCGUGUAGACAACCAGCGCCAGUGGCCUGGCGAUGCAGUGGAGAUGGAGAUGGCCACCGUGCUCGAACAGUGUCCCUCCAUUGUCCGCUUUGGCUAUCACUUUACGCAGCAGGGGCCCCGAGCUCGGGCAGCCCAGGCGAUGACCCGGAACAAUGAACUACGUCGCCAGCAAAAAAAGAGAUAACACUGCCUUUCCCUUUACCACCUAGAGCUAGGAGCCCUGAAUGCUUAAAUCCUCACCUGUCCCCCUUUCCUGUAAAUAAAGGUCCUUCUGUCCA